AAAAUGGAUAUGGCUAAAACAAAAAGCAGUAAAAGCAUUAAAGACGAUAUUAGAAACUGUGAUAGUAACAGUGGUACAUCUAAUGACCAAAGCCCAAGGGCUGUGAAACCCAAAACAUCAACUCAGGUGCCCAAUGCUGCAAGUAUUAAAACCAAGAAGACAACUGUAUGGACACAUCAUCUGUAUGGCAAUACAGAAAUAAAUGAGCUGUGCUUCUACUCAGUUGAGAAUGUGUGCCGCUAUGAAAGUAGUGGAUGUAAACGUCUCCAUUCUGUAUAUCACUACCACUGGCAAGUAAGUGAAGAUGGUAUUAAGUGGCUAAACCUACGACACUCCCAAGUGAAACAGUUAGAAGUAUCAUAUUGUAAUCCUGAUGAAAUUAGUGUGGUUCUUCCCCGACUAGACCCUGCAGACCUUGACACAUCGACCAAGUAUCUCCUGACAGUAAUGGGACGAGACAGUUGGAAGGCAAAUUUUCAGUCUAUGAUUAUCACUAAUUCUACACAGUCCAGGUUACUUCACAUGCGAAGGUUAUGCACAGAGAGGAUUGAUGGUCACAUUAUAGAUGAGAAUAUUUAUAUCUGGUACUUCCUGGAUAAGAACCAAAAGUGGGUAAUGUAUGGAAAUGUUGACACAGCAGGAGAGAAGAACCUUGUCAGCAGUAUCACAUCAGAUGACAUAGAAAAACACUACCAACUGAAACAAGCUUCCCUCACCUCUCUCACCUUUAGAAAUGCAAGCUUCACAUACAUUCUGAAUUUUGCCUCAAUGACUCAGACCAAUCAGCAAACCAAAGUUAGUCGUGAAGUGUGUCGCCGCCCAAAGCCACACAUCAAAGUUAAAUCAGAGAAUUCUAAAACAUCUGAUUCCAAAGCUGGAAGUGACUCGACAAGUGAUUUGCCAUCCACAUGGGAGCCAAUGCAGUCUCAGGAAAGAGUACGUCUCGUAGAGCUUUCUCCGACAUCGUCUGAAUACCAAAGUGUUUUAUCACUUCUGAAUGGACAAAUCCAACAAGCCAGAAUACAGAAAAUCCAGCGAAUCCAAAACCCUUACCUUUGGCGAGCAUUCCAGAAUAAGAUACGAGAAAUGGCCUCAGUUUAUGGAGACUUGAACAAAGCAAAUAUACGCCAUGUCUUCCAUGGAACAGGAUACAAUGUUGUAGCAAGUAUCUGUGCGGAGAAUUUUGACUGGCGGCUACAUGGUUCAAGUGCUGGACAGAUGCAUGGCCGCGGUACUUACUUCUCGCCUAAUGCUGCAACAUCUCUUGGAUACUGUAAGCCCGACCCAUCAGGCCUGGUAUACAUGUUUGUAGCGCAGGUAGCUGUAGGCUCCAUAACCCGAGGCAAUUCCUCCACAGUCCGCCCACCCAUAAACCCAACUACAAAUGCGCCUUUCGAUUCCACCGGCGAUGGAAUCAAUGUGAUUGUUAAGUAUGAUAAGCAGGAAUAUUACCCGGAGCAUAUUCUGUCAAUUCGUUAGUGUGAUUGCUGUAUGCCGUUCAUGUCAGGCUCUUUUUACAAAUAGUUUUAAGAUUUAUGUGUCAUCUUGAGAUUACAGUGAUACUACUGGAAGGCAUUGCAGACUUUGCAAACUUUUUAAGUUUCACCAAAAAUGUGUCUUCAGAAAUCUUUGCCAAUAUUUUCCUAAACUUUGUUAUUUCUUAUUACACUUUAGUUUUUAAAAUCUGUUGGUUGACCAAGUGUAUGUAUGUAUUAGCAAUAUACCAUUAAAAUAAGGGAUAAAGUACUAACCACUA